AUGUACGGCGAUAGACUGACGCCGGCGGCCGCAUCGGUGGCGGCGGUGCUCCGCGACGACGACCUCCUCCGCGAGAUCUUCCUCCACCUCGGCUUCCCCAACUACCUCAUCCGCGCCGCCCUCGUCUCCAAGUGGUGGUUCUUCCAAAUCUCCGACCCGGCCUUCCUCAGCCGCUUUCGCGACCGCCACCCACCCCGCCUCCUCGGCAUCUGCGUCGGUUCUCCAAGCCUGUAUCAGUUCGUGCCUCUCCCUCAGCCCCCGGAGCUCACCGCCGUCUCACGACGCGCGGCCGCCUCCUGCAACGACGCCUUCGCCGCCGUGAGAGGUCAGUGUAUCAAGCACUGCCGGAACGGCCGCUUCAUCACCGGGUUCUUCCAUGGCGACAGAUUCAGGUACUCUCUCCUGUCGCCGCUGCUCGCGGAGGAGCCUGUAACCGUCCUCCCGCCGACCCCAGUGUCCCGCCGUGACUGGAAGGUUCGCCCUCAGAAAGCAUUCACUGAGAUUUUCCUACCCGAGGAUGGGGGCAGCGAUGGCAUCACCUUGGUGAAUCUCUGGAGUGUUGGGGGAAAAGUCUCUGCGGAAUUGUACGUCAUGCGAUCCGGCGGAUGGGGUGUCCCUGCCACCGCGGCGACAGAGCUAGAACUCCCGGACGAGCACGGUGCAACCUUCCUCAAAGCAAUGCUGCCACCAGUCCACGCCAAGGUCUUCUUGGUGACCACUUUUGGGUAUACACUGGUUCUUGAUUUGGCCACUGCAAGCUUCUUCACCCUUGAGCUCCCUGUUGGAGUGGGGCACAAUUACAAUAUCUCAUGUGCAGAUGGUUCCGGGCUCUAUCUUGUCAAUGUGGAUGGGUUUCAGCUCAGUGUGUGGCUCUAUCAGAUGACAGGCGGCGACAAUCAUGCAGGCGGCUGGCUGCUGGUGGACACAUUUUGCAUCCUGGAUGCAUGCAGACGUGUUGCGGCUGACAGUUGGGUGCCAAAAAAUGGCGAUUUCUUUGGUGUUCUUGCAGUCGGGGAGAACGCUGAGUUUGUAUUCUUGGAUCAUGUGGCAAGUGGUGUUCUCUUUUAUAUUCAUCUGAGGAGCAGGCUGGCUGAGAAGGUCUAUCAGAGGAGGACAAGUGGAGCAGCUCUUGCUUAUUCGGUGCUUGACCACAUACGUUGCUCUCCCUUUAUGAUGAGCUGGCCGCCUAUCUUCCCGGCUCUGGGCGGAGGACCUGAUCAACAGGAAUGAAUCACAUUGUGUUUGAUCCUUGUUAUAUCUUCACUGGGUAUGACUUCUAUGACAGAACGCUAUCUAUGUUUGGAUCAUGAGGUGGUGGAAAUUGAUGAGGAAGCUAAACUAUUUGGUAGGAUUCGAUUGCAUGCCAUCUGACUUACUAAUGUAAGCCACUUUACCGUGUUGAAUUCCUCUUUUUAGUUUGAACCAUGUUAAUAUGCAUAGUAUCUGUCAGUAGUAUCCAAACAGUAGGCAUAGCUAUAUCCGCUGUUUGUCUCUCUGCAUGUAAUUGCUACCAAGUUGGUUGACAAAUAAUAAGCUUAGCAAUGCAAAUAUGUGUAGUCUGGUGUCA